GUGCAAUGAGACAAUUCAAAAAUAUGGACUCUGAAUUAUCUCUCAAUAAUUUCAGUUUUGAUGUCGUUGCUUAUUUUUCAAAUCAUUAGGCCUAAAUAAAAAUAUCUUCAAUCAUAGUUGAACUCAAAAGCAUCUUUCACUUUAUCGAGCAAUGAAGCACCCUGUUUCAAUAAAGUAAACCACCACAAAUUUAAUUAAAUACAAUCAAUGAAGAGUCUAAAACAAUUGAAACUACUAAUACUAAUCGUAAGAGUCGAACAAAACCUCACAAAAACACUAAUAAGGUCUUUAAAUGAGAUUCCCGACCACUUACGUGUGCUCGUAUUGCAGGCGAAUUGAAUUUCCACGGCAUUGUUGGUUUGCGAGGCGGGUAACCCUGGCGCUCGGUGGUCUGCGACAGCUCACCAGUCGCUUUACCACCGCUGUCGCAACCGCUCGCUUCCCUCACACGCACUAACUUUAUACAUGUGAACUUUUUUAUAAAAUAGUGCAGUGCUACACCGAUUGACAAUUUUUUUUAUUAAAAGGACGGUUUUUUUUUCAACGUUGCUUAGACAAUGGGUUUUUACGAAAUCGCCAGGCGGAGCGUAUAGACCAGAACAGGUCAACGGUCCGAGCAAACACAAUGUUUUCCUUAUGCAGACGAUACAAAGACGACCACGAGCAUGGAGCUACACAGAUCAAGGGCGGCUAUAUGUUACGAUACAAACGAAAAUACCUGUGGAACUCGUGGUCGGAAGAAUGGGUAGUGCUCUACGACGACUCUACCAUGGCUUGGUUUAAGGACGCCUCCGGAAAAUGCAUAGCGACUCAGAAGCACCUGGUGAAGGAGUGUCCAGAGAUGUUGGCCAUCGCGACGUGGACGGGGCAGGUGCCGCGCCGCCCCGCGCUGCCACCAGGGGCGCGCCUGUCGCAGCUCAUGGCACUCGGCUCCAGGCGCUCCCCGGGGCACGUCGUCUGGAUGCUCGCCAAGUCUGAUGCAGAGAUGAAGGACUGGAUGGCCGCAAUAUCAAAAACGUUGCCGCCGCCUCCACACAUCGAGCUGGUGAUGGCCAUGCCCUACCUCCGCACGGCAUUCAAAAGACCCACAGUCAGAGUCAGACCGACGUCAUCGGAGAUGUACAACAGGAACUCCCGCAGCGCGGCCGGUGCGCUCGACGGGCGCGGGCUGGUGGCCGUCAUCAAGCGCCAGGUACCGCUCGCCGGCCAGCUCGACCACCAGCUGGCGUGGGGGCAGGGCUGGGGGUGGGUCACCUUGCCCAACGGUGUCUGGAGUGGACGUCUGACCUGGUCCCAAGAAGGCGAAGACUUCGCUCUCCACGCGAUGCCUAUCAUGCAUCACACCAACGUGUCGCAAGCCUGUUCCAUGCUGGACGGCGUUACGGCAUACGAGGCAUCGGCCUACGAACAGGCCCUGGCGGAGUACGACGACGCUGCCACCACCUCCGACGACUGGGACUUCGGAGUCGACUGCGGAGAUUUCAUGAUGUAAAACCUUUUUAUUGAACUUGCGACAUCAAGUGCUGAAAAACGUGAUUCGAAAAAAAAGUAAAUCGAAAGAACUGUCAAAUUUAAAAUGCAGAUGUAUGAAAAUGGAACAUCUUGCAGUCUGACUUUUUAAAGAUGUUGACUUGCACAGCGUUUUUGAGCCGAUACCAUAGAUGUCGCUAAAGGACACAAAUGCAAAGUUUGAUAGACAAGGCGCUUCGUUCAUUGUUCAUGUUAUAUGCUGGUCAUGUUUAACAUAAUUAUUUGUACGGCUUGAAGUCACGUUAUUUAUAUAAACUUGUUUAAAUUUUGUACUCAACAAUUUUUACACAUAUUUGAAUGUUAGCGUCUUGGAAAUGAGUUCUGCACAUAAAUAUGUUAUAACAAACUUAGUCGUUGUGUCCUUUAUAAAAUCCAUUUUGAAAUCCACAGACUCACAUUGCCAAAUUUAUCUUCCUUGUCACCAUAUAUAAUAUGUGUAUCAAUUAUAUAUAAAAUGUGCUGGUCACAAAAAAUCUUAUUGUGCCAAUUAAAAGUUCAUGUACCUAAUAAAAUUAAAUGUCGAACUAUCUUAUGAAUUUUAUAAACAACUUAUAAUUCAAAAUAAAUACUCAGAACUUCUGAAUGUCUGUAUCAAAUAUUUCUGAUGUUGUCGACACAAAAUAAUUGCGAAUGUUACAUCAAAGAGUAAAAAUUUUAAAGAAAUGACACUGCCAAAAAGACCAUACUUUUAUUUCUAAGAGUUAAGAAAUUGAGUUCGCUUUUUGUGUCUAAAUAAUAAUCAAAAUAAAAUCAUGUAAUAUGAAACAAAAAAAUAUGUUUUGCGAAAAAAAAAACUAUUUUGAUUGAGCAUUCGCAAUUUAAUCUAUGCAUUUAAUAGAUGUAUGCUCUAUAGCGGUACUGCAUGUUGUAAUAGAAAAGAUGUGUGUAGCCAUGAAAUACUAUAGAUUUUCAAAUUCUUAAAGUUCGGCCUAGUGAUAAAGCCUAGGAUGUUCAAUGUAGGGUUAGCACGAGACCUCGACCUCUCCGAGCGAUAUUUAUUUACGUAUAAUAUUAUUUACGAACCAUUUGAUACUUCUUAUCUUUAAUCUUUGAUAAAGUGUAACGGUGUUUGUUUUCCCGAAACUAUUUCCUUAUACAUAAAACAUUUCGAAGUAAUAUUAAUGCUGUUGAAACACAAAUUUGGAAGUGAAGCUUUUUAACAAUUUGAAGAGUUACAGAAAAAGUUUUCGAAUGUUUUACGAGAGAACACAAACCAGGGUAUAUAAUUAUUCUGCUUUUAUUCAAAACUUUUCAUAUUAACUGACGCACGAAGAGAGUUACCUACUUGGAGGCAUAAUAAUUAAGCACGUAAGAUGAGUGCUGCGCGCUUGUCCCCUUAUAACACCAAUUACGUUUCAGAAAGUAUAUUUACUCAUUGAACUCGUAUAUAAAUAUUGUAUUUUAGAUCUAAGUUGAUGUUAGUAUAGUAAAUGUGGUCGGUAGAGACAUAACCUAACUGGACGAAGUAUAAUAUGAAGAUCUUUUAAAAGUUUGUAAUACUUUUUAAGAGAACUUUGUGAAUCAAAAUCAACGUUUUGGCAUAUUGUCGGUAUAGUUAGGUGUGUGGUAAACUAGUACAAUUAUUUAUUGAAAUAUUUAGUCGCUAUAAAAUCUUCCGACCUACCCAAAGACUGCCUAACGUUAUUUACCUGAUACCUGUGUUGUGUGUUACCCUAGGCACGGUAAAAGCGAUUUAAUGUCCCUCGCCCCGCGAAUGCUACAUUGCAAGAUGCUUCUUGAUUGAGAUGGUAACAAUUAGUGAAUGAUACAACACUGAAUAUAACGAGUAAUAAUUAAUGGAAUCGAGUACUCGGUGCAUCUAAUUCUUAUGAAAGGACAAAUCUCAUCUUAGGCUUAAUAAUGAUUUUAGACGGAGAUCCCUGUCACACUGAUCGCGCUUACGAUUCGAUCCGACGGCAAAUAAUAAUUAAAUUUCAUUUCAGCCAAAGUAUAUGCUUUAAUAGCGACCAUCAGCGCCAAACGGCCAGUGCGUCUCAAUAUUUCUUAUUAAACAUACAUUUUUACCCAUCAGCACCAUUCAUCGGCUGCCAGCGUGAUAGUAAAAUCGCAAAAAUCGUUGCAUCAUAUGAAGUACUGGCUUAAAAAAAAAAGCUCCACAAAUGCCAUAAAAAGUUAUCUACGAAAAGCGAGUUGUCAAGAUUGACAGAUGUCAAAUUAUGGCGGGAAAACAUGCCCAGAGAGUAUUGGUUAAUGGUCUUGCAAUGUAGCUAUAGAUGUCGUAGUAAAUUAUUGUAUUAUACGAAUGUAUAUUAGAUUUAAUUAGAAGUUUAUAAGAUAUAAAUAGUGACCGCGAUUUACGUUUCAGUAUUUACAUUUGCAAAUUGAAUGUUUAAAUGUUUUUCUACAUAAUAAUUGUGUUUUUAGUUCUUAGAAGAAUCCAAUUAAUAAUUGUUAAGCCACCAUUUUAUCACGUAUCAAUAAUAUUAAGAUUAUUUUAACCAAGAAACUAUUGAACUCCAGACACGUUACUUUAAAUUGUUUUCAGAAGUCACUUAUUUGUGGGAAAAAGUAUAAUAAUAUGAGCGUGCGUUCUUGACCUAUAUUUGUAGAUAUUCCAAAACGACUGAAUGUCGGUCAGUUGAAAACUAUUUGAUUUUCUUUACUGAGUAUCAUAUAGCCGCAUCAAAAGUUGAUAAACACAAUCCGAUUUACCCAAUACUAGAGUCGAUCGACACAGCCUCAUCACAAACGUAUUAAAAGCUUCCUUUAGGCGUGGGGAGUCCGCCGCGCACAUCGGAAUACUUACGCAGUCAGUCGCAUUGUUGGAUAUUCUAUGCCAUAUAUUCGACUACCUCAAGAUGCAAAAGGCUAAGCUAAGUAAACGGGGCUUAAAUUGCCCAAAAGUUUUUUACAAAUCGGAUUUUGUUCAUCAAUUUAGUAGCUUAACAACACAGUUACAUCGAUUUCAAAUUACGUGUACUUUAUGUAUCUACAAACUUUAACGUUAAAUCACUGUAGUCCUUAAUAAUUUGUUAACUGUAAUCAUUUCUAAAAUAAAUGUUAGACAGCAAUAAAACUUUGACUCAAAACGUCAAGUGGGAUAACUGCUACCUCCUAAAACAAUUGGAGGAGAGAGAUGGUGCUCUUCGGUUAGUAGUCCUGUCUCUCUUCCACAGCUGCAAGGAAGUCGCGGCAGACCCCAAGAUAAUGUAAUUAUGAGAUAUUUUUGUAUGGAAAGCUUGUAUGUUUGGUUCAAUGUGAUAUCCUAUUGAUGCAUUUUUUCAUCCUGAUAUUUGUCUUGUUUGGUUUCAGAGCGCUUGUUCGAACAAUUAUUUGGUGAUUGUCUGUACAAAUGACGAAAACAUAAAUACUACUUACAUCUUUAGAACCAAAUUCAACUUAUUGGUACUGACAUGUAUCAAAACAAAACUAAGAAAUCGCCCCUAGAGAUUACGUACACGGUUACAAUAUUCUAAAUAUAUCUUGGGUGAUUAAGCAGCGCUACGGUGGACAUAUGCACAAAAUGAAAUGUGUAAACUAUGUAUUUGAUUCUUAACUUAUUUAUGUGAUACAUAUAAACGAGAGUUACUUGAGAGAUUCCUUAGUAAUGAGUAAAGUUAGACUAGGAUCUGACAGUCAUUUGUGCAGACAAUGGUAACACUUAAACAUCACUGGUAUUACCGACACACGUUAUAAAUAAUAAAUCUUAAAAACUUUGUUGGUGGUAGAACUUUUAAUUGCAACUGUUUUUUGUGUGUAAAACAUCACGAAAGCGAUUUAUUUAAAAACACAUAGCUAAUAAAUUUUAAACUUAUUUAAUUAACGUUUAACUCACGAGUAUUUAUCGGGAUAGUCCGAGUAAUUUUGGACUCGAACGCGCAAAUUACAUACGCGUGAGUAAACCGUUAUUAAAUAAAUAAUUAUGAAUCCGCUUAACGAAACUUAUU